CCUGUUUCCGGAGGCCCGACAAGGCCCACGCAGAGCCAGGAGGGGCAGUGGGGCUGGGCCUGGGUGGCCCCACCAGCCCCGCCCCGUCUAUCUUUGGGAAUUUAUUUGUCCACGGGCGAGGCUGGCCUGCAGUCUGUUGCCUUCCGGGGGCCAAGAGCUGCUCUGACCGCCCAGGGAUUCUCUCUCCAACCCAAGUGCCUCCAGCUGAUCUCUGCUCCCGUCCUCCGGCCCCACCCGCGCUGCCCUGCUCUUCCUAAGGGGCCAGGAAGCCCCCAGAAGCUCUACCAUCGACGUGGGUGGUGGCACCCGGCUCACCCUGAGGGCAGAGGCCGUGCAGGGGGCUCGGUUCUGAGCCCCAGCCGGCCCACCAUGGCACGGCGGUUCCAGGAGGAGCUGGCCGCCUUCCUCUUCGAGUAUGACACCCCCCGCAUGGUGCUGGUGCGCAACAAGAAGGUGGGCGUUAUCUUCCGACUGAUCCAGCUGGUGGUCCUGGUCUACGUCAUCGGGUGAGUCCGGGCCCCUCCCGCUGCCUGCACCAGCCCCUACCCCGAGUCUUUCCUCCAGACUCUGAGAUCCCUUGCGUGACACCAGCGAGCCCCUCUUCCUCUCCAUCCAGGAGAAGGCCUUCCUGGCAAGCCACUGUGCGAGAAUAGAAAAUCUUCCCACUCACUGUUGAGAUGGGGACGAGGCCGGAGGGGAAGGCCUGCCCCGGGGCCUUCAGUGAACAGGAGGCAGAGUCUCUGGGUUCUGAGGAGCCGGCCCAGUGUUAUGGCUCCUUUGAGUGGUUAGUGGUGUCCAGAGCCAGGGCCCCACCAACCACAGCCACUGAAUCCUCGACCUCUGACCGCCUGCCAAACCAGGCUACCACGGACACACAGAGGCCAUACCCCGUACCCGUCACCCCAUAUGACAGAGGUUAGAGAGAGGCAGACUCUGCUGCCACCUUCCCUGCCUAAGCGAGGGACAUCCAGGGACGUUUGAGGCCCCUGGAGCAGAGAAACCCUCACAUACUGAAGACCUGGUGCCUUAGUGCCGGCAUGUCAGGCGGAGGACGGAGAUCGGUUCUGGUCUCAGGGAUGAUAUAGUUCCUUUCUGGGCAUCUCUGGACCUGGCCCGCCGGGCCGGGAGUGCAGAAUCAGAGGCAGCGUGGGAUGCUCCUGCGGUCUGGUUGUCUCGGGAGCCAAGACAGGCCUGGCAGAGGCUGGCACACUUGUGAGUGUGCAUACGGAGCUCUGUGCCUAUAUGUGUCUGGGCGUGUGUCCCUGGGGCUGGGUGCCCACAUGUGGGCACCCUCGUGUGUACAUAUGGCUGUGCCCAUGUCUGCCCUGUGGCCGAGUGUCUGGGUGGCUGAUGUGUGUCCCCUGUGUGUGAUGCAUCUUGUCUACUCACAGUGACUCUGCAGAGGGCUCCUGGAGGCCCCGGGGCCACUGGAGGGGGCUCAGCCCCUGCUGGGCUCCUGGGGGUGCCCAGUAGCCCCUGCCUGCCUUUGCCGUGUGAUUCUGAGAGCUCUGCCCUCCCCAUUUUUACCGUGGUUCCAAACCAGAACUGCUAAAUGGAGUCCAGGACAGGCUGACCCAGGGCCCAAACAAAGACCACGAAGUCCUAGUCCCCCGGAAACUUCUGGCAUCCAAAAGAGCCCUCCUUCUGUCCCACCAGUCCCCAGAACCUCAAAGCUGGCCAGGUGGACCCAGGGCCAGGCCCCAGCCUUGGCCUCUCCUCUCUCUUGUUCAGAAACUAAUUUGACAUCUGUGAUGUUGUUUGAGCUUGUGAGGGAAACGGAGGCCCAGAGAGAGUCAGUGGGGUUUCCAGGUCCACAGCAAGUCAGCAGCAAACCCAGGGUUGGAGCUGAGCCCUCCUGACCCCCAGGCCUCUGCUGUGCCUUCUCCUUCCUCACCAUCACAGGGGGCUGUGGGUCCUUCCUACUGGGCACUGAUGGUGGGAUGCCAGGCACAGCACAGGCCGGAAGUCCACCACUAGCAUCACUCCUAACCCUCCCUGGGAGAGGCUGUCUGCUCAGGCCCAGCCUACCCUUGCUGGAAGAGGCUGGGGGAAGGCUGUUCUCUCUCUGCCCCUGCGGCUCCCUAGUUCUGCUUUCAGAUCUGCAGGUGUGAGGGGCACCAGGUCCCUCCUGCGUGUGGGUCACAGGCUGUCAGCGUUGGAGGGAACCACCCAUUCCCAGCCGUAGCCUAUGCCCCAAGCUGCUGCCCAGCCGGGAACCUAUACCUCCAGUGACGGGGACCUCACUACCGCCCUCCUGCCCGUCUUCCCUCCCAAGACUGUCUAAUCAGUUUCCAAAUGGAUGUGGCCCUUCUAGGUGUCUGUGGGGCUCAGGGCCACAGGGAUUAGCCAGGAUCUCACAGCUUAGUAAGAGAUUAACCAGGAUUUGAACCCACCUGCAUGGCUCCAAAGUCAGCCUUGAUACUCUGGAAAGGACACUUCCUCAGAGAGGGGGCACUGGCCUGCCCACGUCACACAGCAGAGGGUGGAAGGAAGGCAGGGUUCCCUCAUCACCAGCAACCCGAGGGCUGCAGGCCCAGGCUUCCAGCGCCUGCUGUCUCUUGCGCCCUCGUCUGGCCACUGCUCAGUACUGCAUUGACCUCUCAGCCAGGAACCCACAGCCGCAAACCCAACCCCUGACCCAGCCUGGACUUGGUCUUGGCAUCUCCGGGCUCAGCUUCCUAACCGGCCCGUAGGGCACGGGUUGCAGGGGAACCCCCUAAAGUGCACUCAGCUCAGCACUUUGCUGUUUCCUGAGGAGGGCUUUGCUUUCAUGUCUGAUCCUGUGGGCACUGCCAGGGGGUGGAAAGGAACAUGAGAGAAGAGCCAGGCCCCUGUGUCCCAGACACAGGGCAAAGCCUGGGUGGGAGAUGAGUGGACACAGAGACAGACCUGGACAGAGGGACAAACGCCGGAGCACAACUCAGACGAAGGAAGGGAGGUCCUGAGACUCAGAAAUGGACAGAGUUACUGAGGCUGAGCAGAGAGGCUGAGAUGCCAAGAACACAGACUCUGAGGAGGGAAACUGAGGCUGUGGUCUCUGCUAGUCAUGCUCCUCCAGGACAUCCCAGGCAAGUGCAGGCAGCGAGUGGGCCUGAGACCAGGAGGCUGAGCUGAGCUGACACUCUUUCAGGUCCAGUUAAGAUGGUCUUAGUUAAGGCUGGGCGCGGUGGCUCACGGCUGUAAUCCCAGCAAUUUGGGAGGCCGAAGUGGGCGGAUCACCUGAGGUCAGGAGUUUGAGAUCAGCCUGGCCAACAUGGUGAAACCCCGUCUCUACUAAAAAUAGAAAAAAUUAGCCGGGCGUGGUGGUGCAUGCCUGUAAUCCCAGCUACUUGGGAGGCUGAGGCAGCAGAAUCGCUUGAACCCUGGAGGUGGAGUGGAGCUGAGAUUGCCCCAUUGCACUCCAGCCUGGGUGACAGAGUGAGACUCCAUCUCAAAAAAAAAAAAAAAAAAAGAUGGUCCAGAGCUGUCCCUGAAGAGCUGAUGAGCUCUCUGUCCCUGGUGGUGUACAGGCAGUGAGCUGUUAUCUGUGACCCAACAGGUCAUGCUGGGGCACACUGGGACAGGGUAAGGAGAGGGGUGGUUUUGCUGUAGCAUAGAGGAGGUUUCCCAAGGAUUUGUGAAUGUUGCUUGGGGAGGAAGCCAGGGAGGCCUUCCUGGAGGAGGUGACACACUGAUGGAACCAGCCAUAAGCAAAGGCCUGGGGGCUGGGGGCUGGGCUGGUCUGCUCUCAGCUUUCUCUCCAGUCCCUCUGGGUCUCUUCUCAACUAAGUCCUCACUCAUCCCCUGCGCCUUCACACAGACCUCUUGAAAUCACAUGUUCUGAGAUCUCCAAGUGGAGAUCAGAGUGCACCAAUCAGGGAGAAGGAUGGAUAGAAAUUAUUGCGGGGAGAAACACAUCCAGGGACCGUUUCUGCAGCAUCUUCUCCAUGCCUGGUGCUGUGCCAGGGAACAGAGGUGGGUGUUUCUCUACGAGAAGGGCUACCAGACCUCGAGUGGCCUCAUCAGCAGUGUGUCUGUGAAACUCAAGGGCCUGGCCGUGACCCAGCUCCCUGGCCUCGGCCCCCAGGUCUGGGACGUGGCUGACUACGUCUUCCCAGCCCAGGGGGACAACUCCUUCGUGGUCAUGACCAAUUUCAUUGUGACCCCGAAGCAGACUCAAGGCUACUGCGCAGAGCACCCAGAAGGGGGCAUAUGCAAGGAUGACAGCGGCUGUACCCCUGGGAAGGCCAAGAGGAAGGCCCAAGGCAUCCGCACGGGCAAGUGUGUGGCCUUCAACGACACCGUGAAGACGUGUGAGAUCUUUGGCUGGUGCCCCGUGGAGGUGGAUGACGACAUACCGCGCCCUGCCCUUCUCCGAGAGGCCGAGAACUUCACUCUUUUCAUCAAGAACAGCAUCAGCUUUCCACGCUUCAAGGUCAACAGGCGCAACCUGGUAGAGGAGGUGAAUGCUGCCUACAUGAAGACCUGCCUCUAUCACAAGACCCUGCACCCCCUGUGCCCAGUCUUCCAGCUUGGCUACGUGGUGCAAGAGUCAGGCCAGAACUUCAGCACCCUGGCUGAGAAGGGUGGAGUGGUUGGCAUCACCAUCGACUGGCACUGUGACCUGGACUGGCACGUACGGCACUGCAGACCCAUCUACGAGUUCCAUGGACUGUAUGAAGAGAAAAAUCUCUCCCCAGGCUUCAACUUCAGGUUUGCCAGGCACUUUGUGGAGAAUGGGACCAACUACCGUCACCUCUUCAAGGUGUUUGGGAUUCGCUUUGACAUCCUGGUGGACGGCAAGGCCGGGAAGUUUGAUAUCAUUCCCACGAUGACCACCGUCGGCUCUGGAAUUGGCAUCUUUGGGGUGGCCACAGUUCUCUGUGACCUGCUGCUGCUUCACAUCCUGCCCAAGAGGCACUACUACAAGCAGAAGAAGUUCAAGUACGCUGAGGACAUGGGGCCAAGGGCGGAUGAGCGUGACCUCGCAGCCACCAGCUCCACCUUGGGCCUGCAAGAGAACAUGAGGACAUCCUGAUGCUCGGCCCCUGACUCCUGACUGGGUGCAGCGUGGGGCUUUAGCCUGGGGCCCUGGUGGGUCCCAGCCAGGGCAGAGGGGCCUCCUCAGGAAGUCUCCUACCCUCUCAGCCAGGCAGAGAGCAGUUUGCCAGACGCUCAGGGUGCAUACUCGGAGAGACCUGUGCAAAUCUGAGCUCUGGCUCCAACUCCACACCCCCUGAGGGAGCCCUACCCUCAGCGGCUCCUGGUGGGGAAGGGCUGGGGCUGGGCAGGACCCUCCCACACACCUGUGCCCUAGCUUCGUGCUUCUCUCUCUGGACUCUCAUUAUGCAACCCGCUGCCCCCAUUUCUCUAGAUCUGUGUUCUCCAAUGUGGCAGUCAGUAACCGUAGGUGACUAAAUUAAACUAAAAUAAAAUAGAAUGAAACACAAAAUUCAAUUCCUCAGUUGAACUAGCCACAUUUCAACUGCUCAGUAGACACAUGUGGUUAGUGGCUGCCAUACUGGACAGCUCGGGGCAUUUUCACCAUCGAAGAAAGUUCUAUUAGGCAGCCCUGCUUGAGCCCUGUUUCUUCCUGGCCUUCGGUUUCCCUGGGGAACUUAUCGACAAUGAGAGCUCCUGGGCCCACCCCAGACCUCCUGAACCGAAAGCUCCAGGGCUGGCCAUAUGAUCUGCAUGGAUGGCAAACUCCCCAGGCCAUUCUGGGACCUAAGUUUAAGAAGUGCUGUCCUGGAACUUUCUCACUCUAAGCUCCUGAGCGGGAGUCAGACUUAGCCCUGAGCCUGCACUUCCUGGCAGGUGCAGACACUGAACAGGGUCUCAAACACCUUCAGCGUGUGUGUUGUGUACUCACGUGCCACACGGUGUCUCAGGCACACAACCCAGUGUACACACCACCUACGUGCACACAGCAUCCUUCCACAGUGUGUAUGCGAACAGCUUGGGCCCUGCAAACACAACCAUCUACACACAUCUACACCCCCAAGCACACACACAUGGUCUGUGCCAUGUCACCUCCAUAGGGAAAGGCUUCUCUCCAAGGGUGCCAGGCCAGGACAGCCCUCCUAGCCAUGAAUCCUUACUCAGCUACCUCGGGUUGGGGUGGGAGCCCCAGCCAAAUCCUGGGCUCCCUGCCUGUGGCUCAGCCCCAGCUCCCAAGGCCUGCCUGGCUCUGUCUGAACAGAAGGUCUGGGGGAAGCGAGGGGUGGAGUACAAUAAAGGGAAUGAGGACAAA